AUGGCGGCACCAUUUGAUCUGUCCAAGCCCAACCGUACCAUCCACGCCGGAGUGGUUCUCAUGAACUCAGAGACGGAGAUUCUUGAUGUAGCUCCCAUUGACCUGUUGAAUGCAGUGUCAAAGAACUUCGUUCAGACUGUGGAGCAGUUUGGCCCAGACGGCAUUGCAGCGCAAGCCCUCGACAUUGAAAUUCAUUGGGUCAAUGAGACAGGGAAGACUGCCAAAUUGACAGGCGGCCUCUCGCUCCAACCCACCGACAACUUCUCGACGUGUCCGCCCCUCGACAUAGUACUUAUGGGAGCCCACCUGGGUGGCUAUACUCCCAAUGAGGCGGAGCUCGAUUUCGUGCGCAAGAGCUACGAGAACUGCUCGGCGUUCAUCACCAUCUGCGCAGGAUUACAAGCGGCGUUCGAGGCCGGCUUGUUCAAAAACAAAACCGUGGCGGCUCCUCGAUUCGUAUUGCAGCAGCUCCGGGCUGCCGCUCCCGAAACGAAUUGGGUCGAAAAGCGUUGGCACAGAGACGGCAAGCUAUGGACGAGCGGCGCUUUGCUUAACGGACUGGAAGUCAUGCGUGCAUUCGGUACAGAAUAUUGGGGCGGUGAGGGCACGUUGGUGCAGUAUGCUCUCGAUAGCGGACAUUGGCCGCACAGAGAUGUCGACUAUAGCGAUGCUCCAACGAAGCUUUGA